AUGCAGACGGUGAUCCUGGCAUCACUGCCAACCCUUGACGACGACGGCCUGGCGAUCCGGCAAGUGAGGGGUGACCCCAACCGCGGUAUCCGAAUCCCAGGCGCCUUGCCCGACUGCCCUCGGCACGUCGAUCCAAGCCCCGGCGGGUCCAGCCACGAAGCCCCAGCACCCUCCGGCAAAGAGAAGGAGCCGGAUGCGGCCAGCUUGCGGAGCAGCCGGGACCACGAGGAGGAUAGAUUGCGGAGGCUCCGCCGCGGCGACGGAUCCUUCAUGGGGGAGCCGGCCCCCAAGCGCCAGAGGACGACAGAGUCGGGGGGACAGAGUAGCUCCUGGUCUUCGCCGCCGCCGCCCCAUCGCCAGCAGCGGCCACACGGGAGGCGUGAGGAGCUGCGGCGGUUUCCGCCGCAGCAGCGACCACCGCCGCCGUUGCCUCAGCCUCCACAGCAGCGCCGGGCGCCACCACCACCACCGCUCGAGCGGCAGCCACAGGCCCCACCACCACCAUCGCCACAGCAGCAGCAGCAGGCUCCACCACCGCUGCCGGAGAUACCUACGGCGGAGCAGCCCUAG